GAUUUACUCAUCCCUGUGCAGAUCUAGAAACACCAGGAACGGGUCUGAGAUCAGUGUGAAGACUGAUGAGAGUCUGGAGACUCUGAGGAGAGCUCUGACUCAACUGCGGGACACUCUACAGGAGAAACUCACACAAACUGGAAUGAGAGGUGGAUUAUGCCACGGAUUACCUACCAAAGGAGACAGUCCUGUACUUUUACGUGAGAGGAGGGUACAUCGCCACCACAGACGCAUUCAAGGCAUCCCAUGCCAGAUGCAUCAAAGAAGCCCAAAAACAUGAUCAAGCUCCUCUGUGUUUCACAGCGGGCAUCAAGAGAGGAAGAGCAAUGGCAGAAUCUUCCUCAACAUCACAGAAAAGACGAGAAAGGACAGGGAGUGUGGAUAUUCCUCCAUGGAUGUCAUCCUCCAGCGAUCCACUGACUGAGGAGCUUCAGUGCUCUAUAUGUCUGGACGUGUUCACUGAUCCAGUCACCACUCCAUGUGGACACAACUUCUGCAAGACCUGUCUGAAUAAGUGCUGGGACAACAGCCAGACCUGCAACUGUCCAUAUUGUAAAGAAACAUUCAAGAUCAGACCUGAUCUCAAGAUUAAUACCACACUCCGAGAGCUCAUAGAUCACUAUAAAAAGAAAAAAACUGAAGCUGUGAAAAAACCUGAAGUUCUGUGUGACGUCUGUGAGGAAAGAAAGCUGAAAGCCCUGAAGUCGUGUCUGGUGUGUCAGAGCUCUUACUGUGAAACUCACCUGGAGCCUCAUUUGAGAGUAGCAGGUUUAAAGAAACACAAACUGAUCAAUCCUGUGAGGAAUCUGGAGGACUAUAUAUGUCAGAAACAUGAGAGACCUCUGGAGCUGUUCUGUAGAGAUGAUCAGACAUGUGUGUGUCCGAUGUGUGAUGUAACAGACCACAAGAACCACAACACUGUUUCUUUAAAAGAGACUCAGUUGAUGAUUCAAGACACGCAGCAGAUGAUCCAGGACAGAAUCAAGAAACUUCACGAAGUCAAACACUCAGCAGAAGUCAGAAAAAAAAACACAGAGAAGGAGAAAGCAGCCCGUGUUGAGCUCUUCACUGAUCUCAUCCGCUCCAUUGAGAGAUGUCAGACUGAACUGCUGGAGAUGAUGGAUGAGCAGCAGAAAGCAGCAGAGAAACAGGAGGAAGAGCUCAUUGAAGAGCUGGAGCAGGAGAUCACUGAGCUAAAGAUGAGAAACACUGAGCUGGAGCAGCUCUCACACACUGAAGAUCACCUCCACCUCCUACAGAUUUACUCAUCCCAGUGCAGCUCUAGAAACACCAGGAACUGGUCUAAGAUCAGUAUGAAGACUGAUGAGAGUCUAGAGGCUCUGAGGAGAGCUCUGACUCAACUGAAGGACACUCUACAGGAGAAAAUCACGCAAACUGUGCUGAAGAGGAUGCAGCAGUAUGAAGUGGAUGUGACUCUGGAUCCUGAUACAGCAAAUCCUGAACUCAUCCUGUCUGAUGAUGGAAAACAAGUGAGACAUGGAGACAUUAGACAGAAACUCCCAAACAAACCAGAGAGAUUUGAUACGGGUGCAUUUGUCCUGGGAAAGGAGGGAUUCUACUCAGGGAGAUUUUAUUUUGAGGUGCAGGUGAAGGGAAAGACUGAAUGGACUUUAGGAGUGGCCAGAGAAUCCAGUAACAGAAAGGGAUGGAUCACAGCGAGUCCCAGUAAUGGAUUCUGGACUGUGCGGCUGAAGAAUGGGAAUAAUUAUUGGGCCUGUGCUGAUCCUGCUGUCUCUCUGUGUCCGAGAGUGAAGCCGCAGCGGGUCGGUGUGUUUGUGGAUUAUGAGGAGGGUCUGGUCUCCUUUUAUGAUGUGGAGUCCAGCUCUCAUAUCUACUCUUUCACUGGUCAGUCUUUCACUGAGAAACUCUAUUCAUUUUUUGGCCCAUCCUUAAACUAUGCAGGUAAAAACUCAACUCCACUGAUCAUCACACCUGUCAAAUACAGAAAGAAAUCUUUUAUAGAAGAGACUUGGUGCAUGAUCCAAGAUGUGCAGCAGAUGAUCCAGGACAGAUUCAAGAAAGUUAAAGACAUCAAACACUCAGCAGAAGUCAUAAAAAGAAACACAGAGAAGGAGAAAGCAGCCCGUGUUGAGCUCUUCACUGAUCUCAUCCGCUCCAUUGAGAGAUGUCAGACUGAACUGCUGGAGAUGAUGGAGGAGCAGCAGAAAGCAGCAGAGAAACAGGAGGAAGAGCUCAUUGAAGAGCUGGAGCAGGAGAUCACUGAGCUAAAGAUGAGAAACACUGAGCUGGAGCAGAUCUCACACACUGAAGAUCACCUCCACCUCCUACAGAUUUACUCAUCCCUGUGCAGCUCUAGAAACACCAGGAACUGGUCUGAGAUCAGUGUGAAGACUGAUGAGAGUCUGGAGACUCUGAGGAGAGCUCUGACUCAACUGCAGGACACUCUACAGGAGAAACUCACACUAACUGUGCUGAAGAGGAUGCAGCAGUAUGAAGUGGAUGUGACUCUGGAUCCUGAUACAGCUCAUCCUGAACUCAUCCUGUCUAAUGAUGGAAAACAAGUGAGACAUGGAGACAUUAGACAGAAACUCCCAGACAAACCAGAGAGAUUUGAUAGAAGUGCAUAUGUCCUGGGAAAGGAGGGAUUCUCCUUAGGGAGAUUUUAUUUUGAGGUGCAGGUGAAGAAAAAGACUGACUGGGCUUUAGGAGUGGCCAGUGAAUCCAUCAACAGGAAGGGAAAGAUCACACGAAGACCCAGUAAUGGAUACUGGACUGUGCGGCUGAGAAAUGGGAAUGAAUAUAAAGCCUGUGCUGGUCCUGAUGUCUCUCUGUGUCUAAGAGUGAAGCCACAGCGGGUCGGAGUGUUUGUGGAUUAUGAGGAGGGUCUGGUCUCCUUUUAUGAUGUAAAGUCCAGCUCUCAUAUCUACUCUUUCACUGGUCAGUCUUUCACUGACAAACUUUAUCCAUGUUUUAGCCCAUGCUUUAAUGAUGAAGGUGAAAACUCAGCUCCACUGAUCAUCACACCUGUCAGUCACAAUAUUUUCCAACCAAUAUGAAAUACAGGAUGAAAAUAAAAUAAAUAAAAUUGUAAAUAAAAAUGUGCUGCUAUACAUAUUUUUCAUAAAUAUUAUUUAUGAAAAAUAAAUUUUUUCAUUAAUAUUUUAGUUAAAAUAGCAUGUUUCAAAUUUAAAAAUGUAACGUAAAUUCCCUUUCAAAUGAAAACUCGCACUGUGUCCGAAAACACUUUGGGGAACGCCUCCUUGUGUGUUUUCUUUUGAAAUGUUAUGCUACCCUCUAUAGUUAUCUGUACUGUCAUCUUUUAUGAGCAAGUUUGGCCAGC